CAGUCGACAGUUGACAAUUGACCGUUGAAUCCAGUCAUGUUCCAGGCAGCUCGUUUCACUUCUCGAGUACCCCUGCGCACUCCCCUUUGGGUGCGCUGGAAUUCCUCCAGCCCGGUGCUACCUCCGUUAAUGAGCACACUACGGAAUGAUCUCAAGACUGCUAUGAGAGCCAAGGACACCUCCAGACUCAAUGUUCUUCGCGCUCUCAUCUCCGAGACCAACAACGCCGCCAAAACCGCCUCGCCCAUUCAGACAGACAUCCAGCUCCUCUCCCUCAUCCGGAAACGCGCCUCCGCUGCGAAAGAGGCCGCUGAGCAAUUUGCUAAGGAAGAGCGGGCAGAUCUCAAGGAGAAAGAGGAUGCGCAGGUGACCAUCCUGGAAGAGUAUGCUAGUCAGAUCAAGACUUUGAGUGUGGAUGAAGUGGAAGCUGUGAUCGCAAAGGAAAUUACCGCCAUCAAGGAGGCUGGGAAGAAGCUGGAGAUUGGACAGGUCCUCAAGUCUCUGUUUGCUCCCGGUGGCGCUUUGGAUGGCAAGCCGGCAGAUCGCAAGGAAGUUGCCGGACUGGUGAAGAAGGCUGUUUCUGCUUGAGGAUAAACUCUUGCAAAGCCUUGUGUACAUUACCUGUUACUAUUACAAUAUAUCCC